AUAUGGCGGUGGCUACGGUGGUGGCUACGGCGGUAGCAACGGCGGCAACAGCUGGUUCUAAGCUGCUAUGCUCUUGACGCUGCAAUCUUAUUUUUUUUUUUUACUCAUGUUCCUUGUCAACUCUGUCUCUCUACUCUCUUUUUUUUCAAUCUUUGUUUUUAUUAUUUUUCUACGUUAUGGAUGCAGGAUGCUUUGGUGGCACUUACAUUGUAUAUACCCCAUAUUUCACUUUUCUUUUAAUCAUUUGAAGCCUUCAUGGGGUCCAUGGAUCAAUGUUCAUAACACACAGCAUUUUGAAAGGAAGGAUCACCCAUUGCCAAUCUAUCUUUUCCUACUCUGUAUUUAUAGCGUUAUUUCAUUCAUUUAUUCUGUGCUUCUCAGCAUCUUCGCAGUACGGCUGUGUGUAUAUUAUUGCAUCGCACAUCUCAUAGACACAAUCAUACAGCAUUCAAAACAAGGAACAUUUUUAACAUAAUAAAAAAGCGAAUAUUUGUCAAGCA